AUGCCACCCAAAAAGUCCAUCUUCAGGCAGCCAGAAGCCCAACACUUUCAGCUCGUUCACCGUUCUCAACAGGAUCCUCUUAUCAAUGACCCCGAAGCAAGUCAACGGGUCUUCAAACCUGUGAACAGAAGUAAUGAACCUGGGAAAAAGAAUGAAAUCACUCUCGCUGAUCUUGAACACUCGGUGAAUCAAUCCGAUAUCCGCAAGAACGAAGGAGAAGCAACUUUAUACGGAAUCACGUACGAUGACUCCUCUUAUGAUUACAUGUCACAUCUCAAGCCCGUUGGAGAUGGCGGCUUUGACUCUUUUCUGAUUGCCGCUCCUCGAGGUUCAGGUGUAGCUCGGGGUAUGAAGUCCACGGGAAAGGGCAAAGGCAAAUCCAAGGACAACGAGAUUUUCGAGCUACUGCCUCCGGAUGUUCUACCAAGUAAAGACAAGAUAUCGGUGUAUGACGCUCAGAACAGAGGAGAAGCGAUACCUAGGGAGCUACAGGGUCUGCAGCCUGACAUGGAUCCCCAUCUUCGACAAGUUUUAGAGGCUCUUGAUGACGAUGCUUUUGUGGAUGAACAAGGUGAAGAGGAAAACUGGUUCGAUGAAUUAGUUAAGGAUGGAGAACGAGAAGAGGAGGAAGAAACACCUUGGGAGUUCAGGGAGUGGGGUGUGGACGAGAAACCUGUUGACGGAGAACAAGCAAAAGAGGAGACUUGGGAAGACAGAUUCAAAGCAUUCAAAAAGGGUCAAGACUCCCUUCCAGACGAGGUCUCCGACAUCGAUCCUGAAGAAAGAUCUGAAAUGGCAGAUACAGUCGGAUCACUGGCGAGCAAUUUCGAUGAUAUGAUGGUCGUAGGCGGAAAGAAAAGAAGGGGAAAGAGAGGGCCCAGUGAUGCCUCCGGGAUGAGUAUGAGUAGUUCUAGUAUGUUUAGGACUCAGGGACUGAGAGAUUUGGAUGACCGAUUCGACAAGAUUGAGAUGGACUAUUUGUACGAUGACGAUGAAGAAGAGGACGACUACGAAGAUUUCCCAGAUGAUGAUACCGCAUCAGUCGCUGCGUCCAACUUCUCUGUCUCUUCCCGUUUCUCGCUCGCAUCACAUGCAUCUAAAGCACCUGCUGGCCCCCCGGAACUUUCGCGCGAUGACUUUGAGUCUAUUAUGGAUGACUUUUUGGAGAACUAUGAAGUCGUUGGUCGUCACAUGAAGCCUGCAUUGGGCGGCACCGGUUUCACCGGUGCUGAACGGUUUGGUGUGCUUAGAGCUGCUAUAGACGGGGGGGAUGAUGGUACAAAAGAGGAGAACAGAAAACGGAUUCUACAAUUCGAAAGAGAAGAGAGGGAACAAGGCAAGGUUCGAGACAGGUCCCGGAAGGAAGACAAAGAAAAAGUUGAAGAGCCUCAAGAAGAGAAAUGGGAUGUGCAGACAAUCCUGAGUACAUACACCAACACCGAGAAUCAUCCGGGUACGAUCCGUUCUCGGACUGCUGCGCAAGCUAAAGCAAGAGCAGAAGCGCAACAAGCUGUGGCUGCUCGGAUUGAAGCUGAGGCCGAUAGUGCCAGUGAGGAUGAAUCUGGCUCAGAAACGGAAAGAGAAGGUCCCAAGGUGACAGUCGCGCGGCCAAAGGGUGAAUUAUCCGAAGAGAAAAAGGCAAGGAAAGCGGCUGUCAAAGCCGAGCGAUCGGCUCGACGAGCGGAGAAAAAAUCGCAUAAAGAAACCUUUUCCACCGAGAGGAAACGUCAACUUGCCAGUCACAAGAAGCUGGUCAGUAACGGAAGAGCAGCUGAUGUUGCUGUUGGCGCUACGAGAGGCGUUGUUUCACUCAGUUAG